UAUGUCCGGCAAAGGUGACGAUGAGUCAACGGGAAACAGUGACAAAGAUUGGGAAAUAUUCGACAUACUGUGCGGUGAAGAGAACAUGCCAAAACACCACACUUCACACUCUCCGGUGCAUCAUCAUCAUCACCCACCUCCAUCCUGCAAUGAUCACCUGGCACACUCGAUCGAUUUGGCCACCACGCUCCGAAGCGAGCUGGCCGCGUCAACGUACAAACGCGAUCGUCUUAUGGCGGAACUUUCCGACGUGAAGAGUUCCCUGUGUGCAAAGGAGAGCGAGUGUGAGUCCCUUCGUGCCCAGAGUGCUCGUCAGACCUCGCUGAUUGGUUCACUCCAGCAACGACUAGCUGCGGCUGAACAGCGUGAAAAAACCCUUCACAGUCGUAGUGAAACGGUCGUCCAUACGCUUCAUCGUGACAAGGGACAUCUGGAAGACAAGAUUAAGGACUUGAGCGGGAAGCUUCACCGGUUGCAGUGUGAGCUAACGAAGGAGGAAGGCCUUCGCGAUCAGGCCCGCUGUCAGUUGCAGGAUUUGGUACGUCGGCUGUGUUUAGUGCUUGGGGUGGACGUUUGCGAUGGUGCACAUCUAACACCGGAAUGUGUUCUCGCGAAAACGGGCGAAACCGUGUCCGAGGUGCAGAGGCUUCGGGCAAAGUUGGCCGGUACCUGUGAGAACCUAUCGUCGACGGAAUCUGAGCUGCUGAGCACCAAAGCGGCUGCAUCGGCAGAGAAGACACGUUUGCACACACAGAUCGAAGGGCUGCAGUCACUGUCGCAGGGGCUGGAAGGUCGUUGCCGACAGGCGGAACGCGAUCUACAGGUGACGCGCGAUCGGUUGGCUGAGUGUGAAGUUAAUGGCGAUAAGUUGAGAGAGGAAUUACGAGGGUUCGAGUCACGCUGCUGUCGGUUGCAGAACAGCUAUGAUCGAUUGCAAACUGAGCGAUUACAGUUCCUGCGCACGAUCGCUACGAUCGUGGGUGUCAGUGAGCCGUGCGAGAAUAACUUGCGAGAUAAAAUCCGGGACCUGACCAACCACAACCAGGCAUUGCAUGAUCAAGUGUCACAACUACGAGAGCAGCAUCAUCAGGAAGCGGCAAAGCAUCGAGAACACCAGGAAUCUAGUGCCUGCCGGCUGAAGAGCGAAGAGCAGCACCGGAUGAAUCUGGAGGAAAGGUUGGAAAAGGCUUGCCACGAGCUGCAACAUUUCCGAUCGGAGCACACGACGUUGAGUGAAUACUUGUUACGAUUGGCAAGAGCUCUCUGCUGGAGUGAAUGCACAGAACCGCCUGCCCCGGGAAGUGAUACGACGAUCCUGAGCGAAACACUACUCGAGCGUGCUGAACGACUUGCCAACCACCACGAAAAUCAUGUACACGGAACGUGUGAUAAGAACUGUUGGGAGUCUAUCAACCAUCACCAUCACCAUCAUCACUCUUCGCAUUCCCAUUCGGCGUCAAAGCUUCGCCGAGAGCGUUCCUGCACCGAUUUACCGCUUAAGGAAAGCUCCACAGUGUACCAUAUGCAGCGCAAGGUGCGCGUACUAAAGGAACAGAUACAGCGACGCGAUCUUCAUCUCGAGCUGCUAAGGCGCAAGAUCGCACUGCUGGAGGAUAAUGCUAGGGGGAAAGCCACGCUACAAACCGAGCGGGAUGAGGCGAUGCACAAGGCAAGAAAGAACUCGAAGCAAGCCGAACGAACCACCCAACAGUUGGCCGAGGUAAAGGCUCAGCUGGCGGAAGUUAAGCUACAGCUGACGGAAGCUUCCGAGUAUAAGAUUACUGCACUCGAGCGUGCGAGGAAGUGUGAUGAGCUGCAGGCCCGUCUCUGCGAUUUGGAGACGGAGCGAGAACGAUUGGUAACACAGCUGGCAGCGUACAAAUCGCGUGCCCGGUCGGCAGUAGAAUCCUCACACGAUCGGCGGGUGCGAGACGAGCAUGCGAUGUCGCAUCUUCGAGAAGAGCUUUCACGCGUGAAGUCGCAGCUGGCAGACACCAACCACCGAUUAUCUCAGCUGCAAGUCUUCCGUACAUCGGUCGCCAAGCUGCUGCACGUGUCGGACUGUGCUGAUUCGGACAUACUGCAGAAGCUGCAAUCGGUGUGCAGCAGCAGUCACACUCAUCAUCAUCACCACCAUCGGCAUCAUAGUGCGUCCAAUCUGUCGCGCAGAUACGAUUCCUCCUCGCCGACUGGAGGAGAAACGCACGUGUCACGGUACGACGACAUGCUGACGGGAGUUGGUGGAGGAAGUGGUGGUGGUGGAGCUGGUUCACAAUCCCACGGUUGUCGGCCGCUCAGUUCUAGUCCGGUGCACAACCGGCGCUACAUAGAUUCUGGCUUCAACGAUCACGAUCAUCAUUUUGAUGAUGAUUAUGAUUUCCAUAAGAAAUAUUAGAAAUCUCU